GAUCGCCUAUGAGCGCUGGACGCACCGCCGCACCUGCUGGACUUCAGGUAUCUGUUGCUUGGCUUUUCAUCUGGUCCAGUGUGGAGCAGAUGCUUCUUUUCUCAAAGGGCAGAGGAAGUUCCAUACAGCCCCAUCACCACCUGUGACGCAUCAAUCAUCCACACAAAGCUCUGUCGGCAAAGAUUGAGAAGAGGCACUUCUAUAACCUUGAGCCUUGAGGCACAUUCGCAGCAUUUUUACUGAAGGACUUGGUCAUGAGAUCCAGCGCUGAGUUCUGCAUGGAUCCCCACACGCCGAGGACAGUCUGAAGCUAAAGGCAGAAUUGGAGCAAGAAGUUUUAAUAUUAAAGCUGCCUGUCCUAAAGCCAGCUAAGACUACAUCCCUUCCACUAACAGAGUUAACCUCAAAUUCUCACACUUUAAGCUCAAGGCCAAGGACAGUAAAAUAAUAACUUUCCUUCGCUGAAACAUGAGUCAUGCGAGCGGAGAUGCCUCCACAGAGACCCCAACUCUACCCCAACUCUAUCAGCCCAAACAACCUGCUUUAUCUUGGGGGGCAAAGAUUCGGAAGAAGUUGAAGGCCGUGGCUCCAUUCCUUGGCAAGUUCAGGCCCCUGGUGGGGCAAUGCUGCCAUCAGUGCACCCCGGAGAGUCUAGGUCAGAAGCUACUGCACAAGACACCAUCUCUCGGCUUCCAGAAUCUUCUCUGUGUGAAGGAAACACACACCAGGUACCGCGGGUGGCUAGUCAGGAGAGUGUGUUGUGUGCUGUUUGUUUUGGGCCGUAAGGUUUACGCCAGUUCUGUGGGAGACAGGGUGAACCGGAUCUACAGCACAGAGAGGCUGAUGCCAGCCGGAAGGAGGGAUGUGAGGGAGGAGGAGGAAGAGGAGCAGAGAGCUGGAGGAGCUGGCAGGAUUGUGUCUGUGCUUCAGACUGUUGUGUCCCCUGCUCUGCUCCGAUUGGCCAGCUGGAUGUUGUUGAAGCUGUUCCGGUUAAUGUUCUACAGUGUACAGGUUAAUCUGAAUCAGCUGGCUACUCUCCACCGAGCCACACAGCUGAAUGGACCACUGGUGUAUGUAUAUAUUCGUCAAAGUGCUUUAGAUCAAGCUCUGAUCUCUCUGACGCUCUUCUUCCACAACCUGCGAGUUCCCUACAGCGUCUGCCCGGUCCAGGUCCGGCAUGGCUGGAUAAGGGCCGUUCUUCAGAAACUGGGUGUCAUCUUACUCCCCCAGCAUGCAGCCACGGAGCAGCAAGCGGAAACAGACAGCUCGUACUCGCUCAUCAUGACCUCCCUGAUUGGUGAGCUGCUAAGAGCAGGAGAGUCGCUCAGCAUCAAUGUUUGUGUGGAGAAUGGACAUGGAGGUCAGUGGUUGGCUCGCGUCCGGCAGACAGUCACCCAGGGUCUGGUGCCCGCAGUCAGCCUGGUGCCAGUUGGAAUCUCAUAUGACUGUCCACCACAGCAGGACACACUGCCUCAGGCAAGCAUGUGGUCUGUUCUGCGGUUUGUGUUCUCGCUUCUGAGUGGUGAUCACAGAGGAGGUGUGAGGAUCCAUUUUGCUCAGCCUUUUUCUCUGAUGGAGAUGUGUGACAGUGGGAAAUGUCGUGUGGAUGGACGGUGCCCCCUGCAGGAGCUACUGAUGCCUGUCAUCCAGCACAACAGGAUGGACUCCAUAUUUGGUCAGAAGGAUGUGUCUUGGCUGUUACCCCCAACAUACCUGCCAGAACUGCCACAAGCUGAGAGGGAAAUGACCAUCGCUUUGACACUGCACCUUAUCCACUCGGUUACCAGCAGCAUGGCUGUGAUGUCCACUGGCAUAGUGUCCUGUUUAAUUCUGCACAAGCAUCGCAGGGGAGUGCGUCUCUCUGUGUUGUGUAAAGAUGUGUGUUGGCUUCUGGAGGAGGUGUUGUUCAGGAACUUUGAUGUAGGUUUUGCGGGCAGUUUGGUGGAAGUGGUGUAUUUCUCUCUCUCUCUGCUGUGCCGCCACCUGCUGCUGGCUGCAGUGCCACCUGCAGGAGACCCUGUGCUUACGGCCCGGCCGGAACCGAAUGCCCUGCUCACACUCUGCCAGCAGUGCGAGCUGCUCACACUGGUCUUCAUCCAUGAGGCAGUGGGAGCGUGUGCAGUCUCUGCCAUGCUGAGAGAGGUUGCAGGUUGCGGAGGAGGAGGAGAGAUGGAGUUUGAUGUUGUUCUGGGUCAAGAGGAACUGACUGAGAAAAGCCUGCAGCUCACACACCUACUGCCUGUGGGAUUAAUACCACCAUGUCAGACAGCUCAUAGUUUUGCUCUGGAUGCAGUGGACAGUAUGGUGCGCUGUGGAAUUCUCAUCAUGGAGGAGGUGCCACGGGCUACUCCGGUGUGUGAUUACUGGAGGAGGCAGGGUGUGCUGUCAUGGACUGCUACAGAUGACCCUGACCAGAGCAGUGACUCAGACUGUGAGGAACAGGACAAACGCUCAUACAAGUUAAGUCAGCCGCCUCAGUGUCCUGAGCUGCUCUUCUUCCUCUGCAGUUUACUGAGCACCCAACUGAGGGCGCUGUGCUGGACUAUAGAAAGCCUACACUUGCUGCCAUUACCACUCACAGAGUCGGUAUGUGUGACUCAACUCCACACACACCUGAGGAACAGAGCUCAGCUGGACAAAGUGCACCACGAGAGCUCCUCAAUAAAGUUGGUGAGAAUGACGGUGCGCACCCUGACUGAUCUUGGGGUGCUGAUAGAGGACCGGCAGACUGAGGGUGUAUACCUGGACACCAGUCCUGUUUUCCUUCAGCCUGAGAACAAACAGAAGCUUCUUCACUUUGUCUCCCAGUUUCUCUACAGCUAACAGAGGAAGAACCCCUCCUCAUCCAUCAGCAGUGCAGAAAGUUUGCUUCCGUUUCAGUUAUAAAUGCAUCGGACUGAAGGACAGAAAAUCUCUGAUUUAUGGUGUAAGUAAUUAACCAUUGGAAAUAUGUUAGCUAGGCCAGUAUCAACCUGGAGCUUUAUUAAGAGCAUUAGUAUCUGCUACUUAAAAAUUUGAUUUGAUUAAGCGUCAAACAAGUAAACAGGUUCACAAUGAUUACUGUUCCGUUCAUUUAAUAUUAAAAAGUUCAGUAAAGCCUUAAAUGUCAGGGUAGGCAAGUUAUUUACUGUUUACUUUGUUUAAAACUAAUCUUGUGUACAGGAUUGUUUUACUAAGAUUUUCAUUUGAUAGUGUCGUUCAUAUGUUUUAAGUUUGUGAGUUGACCGAACUAACCAAAGGCAGAGUGCUGCCCACUGGCUCAACUAACAGGAGACCAGGUUAGAGGUCAGUUUCUCAGUUUGUUUGUUCUUAUAAGCCCAGGUUGGGUUAUGCAGAUAAAUGAGUGUUAGAUAACACUGCAUUGAAUAGAGAGUUGGAUAAUGUUCUUGAGGAACAAAAGACAGGAAAAAUGGAUAAUAAUUGUGUUGGGUCAACCAGAUGUUCUCUUUUUUGUCAUUGAAAUGUUGGUUUCAUAAUAUUUCCUUUGGCUUACAGAUGUGAAUACAGGUCUGUUCAGUACAAAAGACUUGAUCAUUUUGUC